AGUAUAGUGUUGCAUGUAUAAUUUACGGAAUUUGAAUUUCUGGCAGCGUUCUAAUUGCAAACGUUACCAAAAACACCGGUCGGCCAAAAUAUACUUCAGAAAUUCGACUUUCAUCGUUUUUUGUUUACAGGUCGAUAUCAUGGCUAAGUUUUACUCGUACAUGGUUUUUAUGUUUAUGUGGAGUGAAUUCGUUAUGAGGUAAGCAGAAAGUCAUUUUCACAAUUUGCCAUCCCAUUUUAGCUUUCGUCGCUUUUGUGGCAAAAGUGAGGUGCAUUUCAGCUCCAGUCACAAGGUAAUGCAACGCGUAAAACGUCGAUUCGUAGUUUCAAGGUAUUUAGAGACAUAUGAACCAGAUUUUUACCCACAAAGUUUGUCGGACGUGAGCCCGAAGAACUACUUGUGUUCAUAACAUGACGGAUCGUCCAAGUAAAAGAGCCUAGCUUCUGACAUCUAUAGCUGAUUAAAAUUUCAUUCCCAACUGUCUAGACCAGAGUUCUCCACAUUCAAAUAAAAAUUUAUUACGGUAAUUCACACUUUAAAGAACGAUUUCUUUAGUUUCAAGCUAUGUUCAAAUAACUUCCUCAGGAAUCAAUUUCAACCUAUACAGUUUCACUUUUCGUAAAUGCAUCGUUAUCUGUUUCAAUAAAUGUAUGGAAAUGAUUAUCACAAAGCAGAGAAAACUCACUACUCAUUAUUAAUAGCUAGAACUAAAAAGAAACUUGUCAAUUUAAGUCGGAGAAUUAGCACUCGUGUGCUAUCGAUUUUGUUGAUACAAUAUUAUUUUCUUCUCUUUCGCGUUUGUUAUUUAGAAUAGAAUAUCAAAGCCAAACUAUCAUUAUUCACCACUUGGGCUCAUUUUUAGUUUCAAAAGAGAUACAGUCACUGUUUGAGUUAGCUUCUCAGUCUGUCGGUUAAACGACAUGAUUAAAAGGCAUAUCCCAAGUUUUCGAUUAAAUUGUUAUUCGUCAUUAACUAUUCCAUAUAAGUUUAUUUGUGGAUAUUUCGAUUCUUUUCAUCUGGUGGUUCUCACCAUCAGGAAACAAAAGAUCUCUAACUUAGCUCUCUAAAACAUUGACUUUCUUUAUUGCUUACAUAGGGAAUUAAAAUUAUUCAAAAUACCGUACGUUAUAUUUCUUUCCUUUAGUCACCAAUCUAGUCAAAUUAUAUUGAAGCCAUUGUCCUAAACCAAAAUUAACAUCGGGAAGGGAUUAAGCCGCAGAAUUAGGAUUUUUAAUCGGCUAUCUUUAUCUCCCUUAGUUCCAUUUUAGCUGACGAAAGUCGUUGUAACGUAUCUGUGUACAAGACAACUCAGGACCUGGUGUACUGUGUGAGAAACGGGAUCAUCUACGACAAGACAAGAAGACCAAAGACAUUUUUUCCUCGAGGCAGGCAACACAGAUUGUUAAUGUAGUUGUGACCUUUCUCCAAAAUGAUGGCAAUAUUUUUGUUUUGAUAAUUAGCCCUCUCUGUCAAUCGCACCAUCAGAAUUCAAAGGAUUUUAGAAAAAUUAAAGUAUCUGCACUGUCAUCCAUUUUGGAAAAAGGUUUAAAUCAUCUCGAAGGUUAAGAUCCUGGUAAACUAUUUGGUCUGUGAUAUUUUCCUUCAAGAUAAAGUUUCAUAAGUUUUGAAACCUCUGCAAUAAUACUAUUGGCUAACAAAACAAACUGGACAGGUUAGGAUGGCAGAACUUGCUUCUCUUUUCUUUGAAUUUUGAUCUUAAAAUAUGGCUUCGGGCCCGUUAAGUUGCCGGGAAUUCCAAGAAAAGGAUAAUUUAGUAUCAUCAACUGGGUUUAUAACGUAAAUUUUCCAUUGUUCGAUGGUGUAAGGAUUUUGUGCUAGCAUCAGGAAAAAAGAAAACGGUUCUUCAAUUAUCUCAUUGGACAUUGAUGAACACAGCUUUUCAAUCUUUGUCGUCGUUCUGAAGGGCCAACGCUCGAAACGUCAGCUUUAAAACUCUUUACGGUGGCCAAUUGACGUUAUCAACUCAGUCAAUAAUACUAAACUACCCUGUUAUACUCUCCCACCGCGCAGCACCACAGUUUCUUUAGAAACAUACACCCCUGUAUUUUAAGAAACGGGCCCCUGUUAGACACCCGCUCAUCCCACCAUAUCACAGUUUUCAUGCUCCUCUUCCCCAAACCUCUAUGAUUCCUCAGCAAAAAUGCUUUACUCUUGACUUAAUUUUUCCUCAUUAAGAGAAAUAUUUUGUACGUGGACAGGAGGGAUGCGAUGCUCUGACGGGGAGCAUGCUCCAGCAAUCGUUCCUCCAUCUGAUGCUAAUGCUUCUUUCCUCUCAGAUCACCCAGUGGUGGUCAACAUUUCUAUCGAGGUCGCCUCUCUUCAAGUCGAUACAGGAGAUAUGGUAUGAAAUUCAUUCCACGCACGUUUCGUCCUGAAAAUAUCACUUGAAAAUUAUUCUUAAAAUUCUACAUCAACUCUUUUUCGAAACGUAUCCUGUACUUACGUUACUGACAAAACCAAAACAAUAACAACAAUAACAUGGAAUUAAUUGCCUGUUGUUUCAGCCUUUUUUCGUUUUGCACAAUUUAAAUGCACGACGUUAGUAACUGUUUUUAACGCUCAGUAAGAUAGCUUCCAAUUGUCAAACAUAGAAGAUACUGUAUUUGACAAAUUCGAUUGCUAUGUGCUAGAUCUGAUUGAAAUUCCCUCAAUUAUUGGUAUACUGAAGCUUUUUCGUUUAUUUUUUCUUCCCAAUUUAUCUGUAUUCUUGCUUAGCUAGUUUCAGAUAAACUAUUUUUUGAGCCAAUAUCAGUGUCUGCGCAACUGUGCACCUACCCCUCCCCUGCUGAAACUUUAGGGUUAACGUUGGAUUAGGGGAGGGGUAGGUGCGCAGGUACACAUUGCGUAUAGUAGAAACGCACAUCUAUAUAUUCUUGUAGGACUUCUCGUUGGAGUUCUUCUUCAGACAAGGAUGGAAUGAUCCUAAUCUGGCCUAUGAAGAAAAACAAGCAGGUGGAAAGAAGUUCAUUGUCUUUAAGGUCGAUUUAGUGAAAGACUUGUGGACUCCUGACACGUAUAUUUAUGGUAUUAGGUCUAUACAGACCGUGCAGACUGAUAGCGCGGUCCCUGCAAGCGAGGGUCUUCGUAUAUCACCUAAUGGAGAUGUGCUCUUCAGUACCAGGUAUAUAUGAGCCAGUUGGUGAGUCAUCAUCCAAACUGACAAUUUUGAUAAAAAAUUGAACAAAAAAAGUAAUUAACUUCAUAUUUGAACAAGCAACCCAACUUCGUGAAAUAGGUACAACUUUUAGACAGAGCGUCUCAAAAUAUUCCUGUCAUAUGAUCUUUCUCAGCUUAGUUGCUUGGUGCAAACGUGUUAUUCUUAUCCUUAUCAAAAAGGUUUAUACCCUUAUAUUUUUUUUUUCUUCUAUUAAAGUAAUCGAUUUCAUCUUCACUGCUAUUACAUUGCAGGCUUAGUAUGACAGUGUCUUGCUCAAUGACCUUUCACGAUUUUCCCAUGGAUAAACAGAAAUGCUUCUUAAACAUCACUAGUUGUAAGUGACUUCUCUUUAUACAUCUCAAACUUUUGCAAGAAUAGGUGAUUCAAUUGGGUUGCAAAAGAGGUUUAAAAUGGGCGAAGAACAGUCGAAAUGCAGAAAAUUAUUAUGAUGGUGAUCUAGGAAACCUCGACGAUGUACAAAAUUUGGUCACUCAGCAAUUUGAGAGAUUAAGAGUGAAAGGAAUUUGUAAGGGAUUUCUCGUUGAAGAGUAAAUAGAAGCGUUGAGAGGAAAACUAGUCUUCUUCAACUUUUGGCGCAGACAAUGGUCGGACGAAUCUAAAAAUGCAGCACUUAAACACCGCAGCACCCUCCCCAACCCCCAUUUCUAUAGCCGUAAGAUGAGUUCAUCUCAUUCUUGUUCCUCUCGAUAUCCUUUUCACUUAAUCAGUGAUUUACAAUCCUUUUAUUCUACCACGGUAACAAUUAUCAGUCCUAGCUAUAGGUACUUCUGGUUUAAUAUUUCACUUGACAGUUUUCUACACUGAUGAAGAUCUGCAUUACGAAUGGGGCGAGUUAACAGUGCUGAACAAACAUAUUGCACAUUUUGUUCUCGUGUCAUUCGAGAAGAAGAAAACUGUACAAGAGUUUACAUCAGGUAACAAUAUGUGCGUCAUGACUCUAAACUGUGUCAGCUAAACCACUGAAGGCACUUGAUGGCUCGUAGGUGAGCGCGCUAGGCUCUUGAGAGAGAGGCCUGGAUUGAGACCGUGAAAAUAACACGAAAGAAGGCCAGCCAACUUCUUAAAAGUUCUAUUUGACAAGUAUAUUCCAUGAUGGUGUGCGUAGGUUCUGUAAUGCAUUACGGAUGACAUCAAAAUGGGGUAAAAACAUAAAGGUGGCAUAUGAGGUGCAAUAAAGAAGCAAAAUGUUGCACAUGGUGACGUCAUCUAUGCGUUUGCCCUAUAGCUGAGCGCAAGAAAGAAAAAAAUGAAAAAGCGUGCCUAAUUCAGCAUAUCAUAUAAUUCACUGUAAACUUCAAUAAACAAAAAAAAUUCUCCCGUCUUAUUUAAUCAAUUCAUAUACUUAAAUGCUUAAUAGGUUUAAAAGUUCAUUUUAUUUUCCUGCCAGGCAAGCGGGAGUUCUGGAGUUUCUUCAAUCCCCAUCCGCUAGUAUAAGAAACAACGUAGCCAAAACCAUUACGUAUAGAUAUAGGAAUUUGUUGAAAGCUUUUCAAAUAGAUUUUCUCUGAUUGAGUUUUCUUGCAGGCAAAUAUGGGUUACUCUCAGUAGCAUUUGAAUUUAAGCGGCGCAUCAACUUCUACCUUCUAAGCUGGUACCUCCCCGCCACACUGAUCGUAGCCCUUUCCUGGGUCGGGUUUUGGAUCGAUACCAAGUCGACACCGGCUCGAAUAUCCCUCGGUACGAUCACAAUUUUGGCAAUGGGCAGUUUCCUUAUUGGCGAACAGGAGGGGUUUCCAAGCGUCUCCUACGUACGGGCAAUUGACAUCUAUCUCAUCACGUGCUUUGUGUUCGUGUUCGGUUGUAUGGUGGAGUACCCCUUUGUUCACUACGCAAAAAGAAUGGCGGAAAAGAUGCAGGCGGAUAAGAAGGAUGACCUAGAGGUAAUCAGUGGUUUUCGCUUUAAAGAAGCUGUCAGUAAUUAAUUUCUAUUUCAUGGUCAUCUCAAUAUGAUACAAUUAAGGGGUUUCGAUUGGCUCAGUUACUAUGGGCUAUAAGUUAUUGAGUCAUGCUAACCCAAAAAAUCAUUUUUCCUUGACCCUAUUUCAACGUGAGAGCCUCAGAGACCGAGAUAAAACAUUAUUGAUUCUUUUUCAAUGUCACUGGAACUGAAGGUUUUUUUUGUGAUAUCAAACUGUCUAGUUCUUAAAUCGAAAUGAGAGGUUGAACUCAGCCUAAAUUUAAACAUCAUUCUACUUUUGGCUUUUACCUUUUGAUAGAUGGAGGAUUCAUACCACUUCAAUCAUCACAAUCAAAACAAAGCAAUGGCAAACGGUGUAGUAAAUGGCGGAUUCAUGGAAAGUUUUGCUCCAACAAAUUCCCACGACAUUCUCCAAUGGACCAACCUCCACAUAUCAAGUAGCGAGCCUCCAGUGGAAACGAGACCAAAAGAGCAAAAACCAAGCGUACGUCAGCCACAAAGAUCCCGCAACAAAAUGCGGUUCAUAAUUUGUUGGGCAGCGAAACUUGACGAGAUUUGUCGCCUGGCGUUUCCUCUGUCUUUCAUAAUGCUGAGUAUAGCGUACUGGGUAGUGUUCUUAAUCCUUAACUCCCAUGAGUGACCAGGACAGAAAUUCUCCUUACAAUAUCAAUACAAUAUCAAGCAGACAAUAGAUAAUGGUCUCUAAAUGAACCUGAAGAAACUAUGCCGAAACUUAAGUGAUAAAUAUAAGUAGAAUUAGCACCGGAUAAAAAUAAACUCCGUACCUUGUUAUUUAAUGCAAUGAGCUCC